AAAAAGAAAGAUAGGAUGUACUUCAAAUCAUUCAAGUAAAACAAAUUCGAAAUAGAAUUUAUUUUAUAAUAAUGGCUAUGCAAUAAAAAAUUACAUUCGUCCCAGAUGUUUUCGUAUUUGAUAAUUUUCUUUAGUACAUAAGCAAAAUAUGCACACUUCAAAGCUUAUACUUUCAUCAUGGUGUAUAUUAUUCAUUACUGUGUUUUUAAAUAAUAAUUUCGUCGAGUGUAAAAACUAUCCUUUUAAAGUGUAUGGCAUUUAUGGUGAUCAUCAUGGCAAAAGACACCACCAUGGCAGACAUGCAUAUACACCCCCGCCCAAAAAAGUAACAACACAUAAACCAGCUGUUAAACAUCGAGGAUUGUUAGGAGGUCUUUUUGGUGGAAUUGGAGGCUUAGCAAAUGGAAUCGUUCGUGGAGUUAAAAACGUGGUUGGGGAAGUCUUACCACCACUUAGACCAAUUACUGACACUGUUCUUGGAUGAAAAUAUUUGCAGAUUUUAAGCUUGAAAAAUUCAUAUAAUCAGGCCAUACCAGAUUUAAAGAAUGAGAGGAAAAGAAAGAAGUUUUGCUUUUACUUCUCUAUGAUACUACAACUGAUUAUUAAUCUGAAAUUUUUUUGUAAACGCUUGAUAGCGCUUUAGGUCUGGUACAAGCAAUGAUAAAAACUCUUAAAUAAAUGUGUCUAAAAAAUUUAUUGCUUUUUGUGUAAACUUUCAGGAAAUAUGUCAAUGUAAUACGGUGUUUUGAUUUAGUGCAAACAAUUGAAACAAAGCGCUUAUUUUUCUUAAAUUCCAGAUGAAAUAAAAUAAAUAAUAAAUUCCUCUGUG